AGAGAGAGAGAGAGGUGGGGGGGAGAGGGGAUAGGAGAGGGCUUUAGGAUAAAGACGGCAAGGCAAGGGGAAAAAAAACAUAGCGGGAAAUGACUGCUUGACGUGCUUUGAUUGGAGUAUCAGCUUGCAGUAUUUUUCCUAUUGCGCCCAGCAUUAACUAUCUCUCAGGCAUCGCACUGGAAGAACAGUGUCCCCCGAUGGGGCCUGUGGAGGGGCAGUGCUGUGGGAGCUGCCCCUCUCUGCCCCCUAUUAUCAUACCCAGCAUGGACAGCGUGGAGCUCUGCACCACCCAAGAGGAUGGAUGCCUUUCCACAGAUGGAGAGAUGGGGUACCCAGAAGCCCAGGCCAUGGAUGAAUAUCCAGUUCAGAGAAAAGGGGACAGACUGCCCUUUCAGAUCUUUCCAGAUCCAGUGGAAGUAGUUUUGAGUACUGAAGGCUGUCUGACCUGCACGCCGCAGGGGAAGGAGCGCCUGCCGUCCAUCGUGGUGGAGCCGACUGACGUCAGCGAGGUGGAGAGCGGGGAGCUGCGCUGGCCUCCAGAAGACAUGGACUUCGAUGAAGAUGAAGAUCUGUUCUUGGAGCAGUGCAUCCCACCUGCUAACAUCGCUGACUGGGGGGAGGAUGAGGAAGAGAGCUCUAUUAUUGAAAACCACCAGCAGAACACUUCUCUGUUAGAUCUUCAAACAGAUGACUUCAGGGACGACACCCCGACUCUACCUCCAGAGAGUGCUUCAUCUCUGAACUGACACCCACUGAACUCCUCACGGUCCUUCAGGAAACGACUCGACGAUGCUAACCUGAAGAGCUGUUUCAGAGGAACUACUAGGAUCAUGCAGCUGAUUGUGGUCUCACUGUGAUUGCACAAGAUGACAAACUGACACUUUCUGUAGGCUAGAAAAAAAAAGAGCAACAGAACCUUGUGAAGAAAUGUAAAGAAAUUUAAUUAUAUGUUGUACUAUAGUUACUCAUUACAGUCUUGCAUAGGUUAGUUUUUUCUGCUUCUUAUCAUCACUGUAGAACCGUGUCUCCACAGUUUGUUGUGUUUUUGAAUGCAAUCAUUAGUUUCUGUAUUUUGGGGUUUAAACCAGUCAGCAUUUUCACAUUCUCCCUUUAUCACGCAGAUUGGAAAAUUGUAGUGAAUUCAUCAAAAAAGGGGAAAGAGAAUAACAGAAACAUGAUUUUUAGUGACGCCACACACACACACACAUACACGUAUCAUCUGUGACAGUGUUGCGUUACACAGGAGUUGAAAUGUGUUGUAAUGGCACAUUUCUUUCAACCCUAAUUUUAUGUGGUAUUUGUCCCUUUUCUUUGUAUUUCUGUCAUGUUUAUCUACAUUUUAACCAUUAAGUGCACCUCUGAGUAGAAUAAAACAGUGCAUUGUUUAUGUUUAUUCCAAAAAGAAACAAGUUUUGCAUCUUUGUCAUUCAGAUUUCAUCUUUGCAAUAUGUACACACAAUGUUUUUCUUCAAAUGAUUAUUACUAAAUGAAAUUUCAAACAAUAAAAUGCAUCAGGACCA